AUCUCCUGUACUAUGUCCGUAGUCUCUGGUCAUCUCCUGUACUAUGUCUGCAGUCUCUGGUCAUCUGUACUAUGUCUGCAGUCUCUGGUCAUCUGUACUAUGUCCGUAGUCUCUGGUCCAGGGGCGGACUGACCAUUUGGAAACUCGGGCACUGCCUGAGGGCCCGGGAUGCCCCUGGUACCUUUUUCAUAGGCUUUUUUGAGUUUGGGCAAGAACACAGGGGCCCCAUGAUCCCCUAUUGCCCAGGG